AUGUUCGUAGCGUGGAUCUUGCUGCUUGUUCACCUUAUGGUCUUCCUCUUCUUCCGCUCUUGCGUUCACUAUCUUCUUCGCAUUGCGGCAUUCAAUGAGGACAAGAAGAUUUUGAUUAAAAACUUGAAUACGAUAGCCGAAGAAGAGGCAAAGGCGUGGCAGAAUGAAGAAGCCGACAAGGCGUUGGAGAUCAUGAGUAGCAUUCAAGAGCAACACGAGGAGUACGAGUACCAACGCGUUCAACGCCAACGUAAACUCCAUCAACAAGGCUUCUACCACCGAACAGCAGCGACGAUGGGUAUCGCACACGAGACUUCGGGCAAGCUAUUCGAGAGCAUCAACGGUGUCGUACCGGAGUCUCUAAAGAUCGACAUCCGGUUCUUCUCGUACAAGGCGUGGCACGUCUCGGUCAUCCUCCUUCUCAUCCUUAACGGGUUCCUUAUCACUCUGUUCGUACAAUGUGCACUCUAUGAUUUAGACGAGAUCUACGAAGACUUUGGUGUGCUAGCGACGGUUCUGGUCCCACUACCGCUCGCGUUGAACGCGCUGUACUUCCAACGCCACAUCUUCUACGACUUUGUCGUUGUAAGCAGCACGCUUCGUAUCGACUCCCAUACACUCAGUGAUGUGGUGGAGAACUUCCGGGAGAUCGUGCAGCUACGUUCAGAGUUUGCAACUUCACUGCAUCAACACAUGACGCAACAUGAACUCACAGUGGAAGACCUUCAGGAAGAAUUGAAGGCACGAGACGCAACUGGUAGCGGGUACAUCGAGGUGCACGACCUACGUUCCGUACUUGGGAAGUUUGGAUUCCGCUUGACGCGCUAUCGCUUCAAUAGUGUCGCGAAGCUACUUUUUGAGCUCGAGGGUACGAUGGUAUCGUAUGCUCAAGUGGUGCGCUUAGUCGUGAUGGCUCAGAGCGAGAACUUCGUUGAGACUUUGCCAGUCACUCAGCACGGUGCUCACCCGUUGCUGCGACCAAGUGUAAUGAUGUACGAUCACGAGGGACAACCGAGUGUGCUCUCGCAGUCAAACUACGAGUUGCACGCAUCAACGCGUCAGCUACCGCUGCUUGCCGAGUCGAAGGGGGCAGAGCCCAGGCCAGACGACUUCGUAGGUGGGGCGGGGAGCAGUUUUGUCCUUCACCCGAUAUCACACCGUGGUAUCAACCCAAGUGCGCAGUCAGCGAUGGCACGGCCUAGCGUCAGCUCCCAGGCACUACACGACAUGUUCAACCUACAUGGACUACCAGAUGCGCCUCAGUAG